AUGGCAAGACAGUUACUGCGCUACUUAGUAGUUUUUCAAUUCAUAUUCGCGAUAGAUUCGCUCGAUUUCAAUCCGACUGACUAUGAGCUCUAUGGGCCGACCAUGGCAGCCAACGAUAAAGUGAUUAUUUCUAUUCAAAGUCGAGCUGGCGUUACUUUUUCGGGAGCACUUAAUUAUGCGUCAAACGUAACGUAUUGCACUUUUAAUUAUACAGGAAGCGGUGGUCGAGAUUCUUACGCAACAAUGGUCGCUAUCGGACGAAACAGUUUAGUUUCUGGUAGCACUCAUAAAUUUGUAUUUAUUGAUUAUUCACAAAACCGUACCACGAUUUACAUGGUCAUUGCAAGCAUAGAUUUCAGUUCAUGCCAAUUAGUCGGUAACGAAACAAAAAUAAAAAAUACAACAAAUUCGAUACAUCCUUCGUAUGCAGUUCUGGGAGUUAACGCUAAUUCAACCUUGGCAUUUUACAUAUCAGAUACUAAGGCGUUUGUUCAGCACUUAAUUUCCCCUCUCCCAUCUCUGUUGACAACAUAUGUAGCAUGGCGCGGAUUCUCAGCCGGUGUCAACUUUAUUCCAGUAGGUAUUGAUUUAAAAAGUUCUUGGGGCAUUGUGGCGGCUUACACACGAAGUACAACUGGUUCAGGCACUAUUACGAAAUUUCGGCCAACGAUACAUCGAAUUGACUUUUCAGUUUGUUUUAUAUAUCAAAACUCGACGUGUUUUAAUAUGAGUGCAAUACGAACAAUAAGUUAUCCGCUUACCUGGCAAUCAACAAGAGCUCCGCAAACGGAUGUUACCGAUAACGAAUAUGAUUCCUUAUAUGAUAUAUCUGUGUCAAUCAAUGAUUUCGAUUACGUUCUAAUCGGUAUUCAAUCCAUCAAUACUGUGUAUUGUUUUUCAGCUGCUUCAUCAGCACUUAACGAUUCGGGAAGUCGUCUACCAAGUACGUUGGCAAGUAUCGGUUUUGGAAAAGGUGUCGGCUGGAUUGACAAUACAACAGCUGCUAUUCUACUGAAUAAUUUCACACUCGAUUAUGCACAAUGGCGUUCAUCAUAUAUCGAAUUAUAUCCAAUUACCAGUUCAACUGCAUUAUCCAAUUCGAUUUCGGCUUAUUCAUCGUAUCCAAAUGCACAUCAGCAAUUAUGGUCCCAAUUGAAUGAUCGUUUAAUUGAUAUGCUCGCUAUGCCAGGCGCGGGCUGCGUCAUCUAUAUGGAUUACAACGGUAUUGUCCAUGUUGUUCGGCCAAGUCCUAUUGCGAGCUAUGCGAAUACAAAUGAAGGCACUGGAGUAGCAAAUAAUAAUAUCUACAUAGCACCAACCCGUCGAUGUCCAUCGGGCACAUUGAAGAAUCAAUCAGCAUAUGGAAAAGAUAUAUUUCGUUAUUGUGUUCUAUGUCCAGAAGGUACGUUUUACUCUGCCAAUCGUUCAAACGCAACAGAUCGAUGUGCACCGUGCGAUACAAGUAUAUAUUUUUGUCCAUGGGGUGCUGUGACAGAAAUGCCGGUGAGCGUUUUAGAAACCAUAAGUCAAGCUUAUGUUUAUCCUCAAACACCUGAAAAUGACAAUUUCGAAGAUAUUCUAUUAUUGAACAUGUUUAAAUUCGACUUUCAAUCGGACUGUUUAGCUCAGCAACCAUUUCUCUAUGGGCUAAUCAUUAUGGGUAUUGGAUGUUUGUUUUUAUUAUUUAUGGGCAUACUUAAGUUAACGGGUAAAUUAAAGAAACAACGUCGAAUGCUAAAAGGCAUCUUCAAACAAACCGAUCUCAUUGGUGAAGGAGAAAUGUGGAUUGGUGGUGUUGCUUCAUUUACAAUUGUAGUUGUAUCGAUAUUUGCUUAUCGAUUCUCGAGUAAAUUCAUGUACCAAUAUCCGAUCGAAACCUCUCCCGAUGCAACAUUUGCCUGUGAUCCAACCUUAAGAAAUGCAAAGUUCGCCACCAGUAUGCAAUCGUUAGGUACACCUUUGUUAGACAGCGAACAACCUUUAUUCGAUAUGCUUGAUAGUCAACCAUUCACACUGCAUGUCGCAUUUAUCAGUACAGAUUUUACUGAAGACGAUCUCACAGUUACACAGGUUUUAGGUUCGAUUCGCAUCAAUUUGCCUUAUGUAGCUAAUCAAUUGGAUGGAAUACUCUAUAUUUCCACCAACUUAACAUCACAUUUCACAACAGUUCAAUUUACAGUUUCAAGUGGUUCCGCAGUUGGCGCACUUCGAGUUGGAUUAAGCGGUCCAAGUAUGGAAGAAAAUAACUAUAAUGUCAAAGCAUUGAACUUUUCUUAUGCAUUCAAUCAUACGAAUCGAACAGUUACUCAAGAUCCGGCAAUAACCAUUGAAUUAAUCAAAUUAAUGAACGAAACAGCACCAUUAUCAAAUGAUGACGACACGCUGUAUAGUGGAAUUUGGGUUCCAACAUUUAUCAAAAGUGACGAACAACUAUUCUACACAGAAAGUGAUUUUCAAUUGUAUCAUACAGGCGGUGAAACUGUUUUCACUGUUCAACUUUCUGAAGCCACCUAUUAUAUUUACAAUCAACAAGAACCCAUAACUAUGCUGACGGAAAUUAUUUUCACGGACAUACUUUUUACGACCAUGUGCAUCGAACUUUUCGCAUUAACUUUUCUCUUCUUCAAAUUGGCUAUUUUACCUCUCAUUCGAGUACUCCGCGGAUUGUGCUCUAAAUCGAACAAAGUUAUUCCCAAAGGUAAAAGUAAAAGUUAUUGUCCACAUUGCCGAUCAGUUAAUGGAGAAACACUACAAGAACAUAAGGCCCCUGUGAAACGAGCAGGAAACGCAACACCAGCGUUUGGAAUCCGACGACCAAUACCCGACAUGGGAAAAAUUUAUGUCAUGUAA